AUGCCCGUAUCGUUUCGAAAAUACUUCAAAAGAACGCCGUAUCAAUCAGUACCAGAUGCUGCUUCGGCAAAUGCGGCUUCGCUGCCCACACAUGUGACGCCAACAAUGGUGCAAGCAACCAUUGAGGGUGAUACGGUAUCCGAUGAGCAAGCAUCCCAUCAGUUACCUGUCGAAGUCACUGAUAUGAUUAUUUCCACUCAAGAACUAGCAUUAUCAGCUGUUUCAUUUUGGGAUCGAGCGUUUUUGGAGGUGAAGAAAGAAAACUCGAAUUUGGUCGACGAAUACGAAAAACUUCUUGAAAAAGAGCUCUUGAGUUCAGACGAUCCAUCCAACACCACUGAAGAGUUGGAUACAGAUAAGCAAAACCACCAACAGAGGAUGCGACAGUUGGUUGAGCUUGGCAUGCAGCGAAUGGAGCGCAAAACACUGAGCUACACGAUCGCUGGGCGCAAGGUCAUCGUUAAAGAUCAAAUCGCGCAAUUCAGCGAAGCUGCUCUCAAACUGAAGUCUGUCAUCGCUACUGCAGUCAGUGUAUCUCCAUCAGCAUCGAUUGCCGUGGCAGGGGUCAGUCUUAUUCUCCCCCUCUUUGUAAAUGCAAGUGCUGUGGAAGCUGCAAACAAAAGUGGCUUUAGCUUCAUUGCUUCUCGAAUGGGGUUCUACGCUGGCCUAGAAGAACAUUUUAUGACGGUAAAAUCUUCUACUACAAUCAAACAGGCGACAGAGGAUGCUCUUAUUAGCUUAUAUAGAGCUGUUAUUCUAUUUUGGGUGAACAGUACCAUCAGGUUCUACAAGGGCGCAUGGGCAAGAAUAACGCGCGAUACGCUGAGGCUAGAUGAUUGGAAAGCGAUGGCGGAUGGCGUUAAAACAGCCGAAGAGCAGUUCAUGAAAUAUUUCAAGACGACCAUCGAUAUGUCUCUUCAAAGCAGUCUUCAAAAAUUGGAGCGUCAAGCAGAAGAUAGUUACGAAGCUUUUCAGCUUCAAACCACAAUUCUGGGAAAGUUAUCUACAAUAACAACAGAUACGAACGAAAAGUUAGACAAACUUGGACAAGCUUUCGACAAACAAGCAAAACAACAAUUGGAACGAUUGAUGGACGAAAAGGACAAAGAAUGCCUGCGGAAUCUCAGCGCCACGAAUCCCCAGAAAGAGAAGGUACGAAUUGAAGAGACUAAGGGAGGCCUACUUCGCGCGUCUUAUAAGUGGAUUUUGGAGAACAAGCUUUUUAAACAGUUCAUCGACAAUUCCGAGAUGCAACUCUUGUGGAUUAAUGGCAGUCCUGGGAAAGGGAAAACCAUGCUUAUGUGCGGCAUUAUAGAUGAGCUGAAAGCGACACAUGGCUGCAGUAUAUCAUUUUUCUUUUGCCAGAAAACCGAACCUGAACUAAAUAACAUGGUAUCAGUCUUACGGGGGCUUAUCCUAAGUAUGGUAUUGGAGAACCCAACAUUGCUCUCACAUGUUCGAUCCGAGUAUGACAUUUGGGGAAAAGAUAUGUUCGAAGGUAGAACAGUAUGGGCGACCUUGGUUGGGAUAUUUAAACAGUUGAUCCAAUCGCCGGAGUUUCGAGAUACAAUUGUACUGAUCGAUGCUUUGGACGAAUGUAUUGUUGGCCAAGACGACCUUCUGAAUUUGAUCAAGGAUACUUGGACAAUACAGCCACGUAUCAAGUGGAUUGUAUCAAGCCGCUAUGAGAGAAAUGUUGAGAAGAAGGUUCUUACCCAAACACAGAAUUCCGAAUUACGCUUGGAUCUAAAUGCUGAUGUAAUCGCGGAAGCGGUCUGCAUAUACAUCAAGCACAAAGUUGAUGAAUUGGCGACACAGGGCAACUAUAGCGACGAUCUCAAAUCAAAAGCAAUCCUUUAUUUGGUCGAGCAUGCUGAGGCUACCUUUCUUUGGGUCGCUUUAGUCUGCCAGGAGCUGACGAGUGUCGAAGAUUGGGAAGUAAUGCAAACAUUGUCCAGCUUCCCAGCAGACUUGGAUGGAUUUUAUGAUGCCAUGACCAAAAAGAUAAGCUCAUCUAGAUAUGCUCAUCAGUGUAAAGAAAUCCUUACUACAGUCUCAUUAGCAUAUCGUCCGCUACGCCUCACGGAGCUACAGAUGCUUACACCCUCUCUGAAGCCACUUUCAACAAAUAACCAAGAACAUUUGGUUAAAACGUGUGGUUCAUUCUUAGUCAUCCGGGAAAGGAUUGUAUAUUUCAUACAUCAAUCCGCAAACGACUUUUUGCUGCGAAAAGCACCCCAGUAUCUGUUUGCGCUGGGGACUACGCGGCAACAUUAUUACCUCUUUCUACGUUCCAUUGAAAUAUUAACGGACAAUCUAAAGCAAAAUCCAUACAGAAUUCAGAGUCCUGGUACUCUAAGAAGAGAUGUGAUAAGACCUGACCCAGAUCCUCUUGAACCCCUAAGCUACGCCAGUACUCAAUGGUUCUAUCAUUUGGGUGAGAGCGAAGAGUUGAUCAAACAGUCAUACAAUGAAGUAUUUCUACAUAAUGGGGUUAUGGUCCGCUUUUUACGUGAGGUCUACCUGUUUUGGCUUGAAACAUUGAGCUUACUUGACGCAAUACCUGUGGGCAUGGAAGCAAUAUCAAAAUUGCAAGCUGUGGUUGCAAGUUAUGAAUCACUCCUCAAGGAUGAGACAAAAGAUUUCUUAGAUCUGACAAUUGACGCGGAUCGCUUUUUACGAUACUCGGCAGCUGCCAUUGAAGCGGCUCCGAUGCAGGCGUAUGCUUCUGCUUUACUCUUUAGUCCUACUAACAGCCUGAUACGACGCAUAUAUUACGAGAAACGGACUCCUAAUGUCCAGCUCAAGACUCCUGCUCGAAAUGACUGGGAUAUCUGUAAACAGACAAUUGAAGCUCAUGCCGGCUGGGUAUUUUCUGUCGCUUUCUCGGGCGACUGUCAGAAGUUCGUAUCGGGUUCUCUUGACGAAACUGCCAAAGUUUGGAACUCAAUGACUGGGAGUUGUUUACAAACCUUUACGGGCCACAGCAGUUGGAUCAAUAUAGUGGUCUUCUCACAAGAUGGUGAGAGAAUAGCGACAGGCUCUGGAGAUUACACCAUCAAAAUAUGGGAUGUAACGUCUGGGACUUGUUUAAAGACACUUACUGGCCACACGUCCUGGGUUAGCUCAAUUAUUUUCGUGUCCAAUACCGAGCUUGUAUCAGGCUCGACGGAUGGGACUGUCAAAAGUUGGAACAUUGUCUCCGAAACCUGUAUAAGGACAAUGCAAGGGAGUCGCGAUUCAAUUCCCACUAUUGCAUAUUCUAGGCGGCAGGAAUGGAUCAUCGCUGGAUGCGGAGAUGGUAAUGUUUUGAUUUGGGAUAGAUUGUCUGGGGACAAGGUACGAACGGUCAAGGCCCAUGAUAAAUUCGUGUACUCUGUUGCAGUCUGUUACAAUAACGAAAAGUUUGUUACCGGCUCUAGCGACAUGACAAUCAAAAUCUGGGACAUUCUCUCCAAUACUUGCAUUCGAGUACUCGAAGGCCAUGGUGGCCCAAUUCAUUCGGUUGUCUUUACGUCAGACAAUCACAGAAUUAUUUCAGGCUCUGCAGACACCACUAUCCGAAUGUGGGAUAUCGCAUCUGGUAAAUGUGUACAGGUCUUUCGAGGUCACAGCGACGCAGUCUAUUCAGCUGUGAUUUCUAAAGACAGCAAAACAAUUAUCUCGGGAUCAGAUAAGAUUAUCAAAAUCUGGGACGUAAUGCCUAUGGUUCAUACACCAGACAGCGACGGGCAUCGCGCGAAAAUUAACUCUAUUUCAUUGUCCAUGGAUGGUAGUAGAAUGGCAUCUGGCUCUGAGGAUGGAUCUGUGAACGUCUGGGAUGUGACUUCGAACACACUGAUACAGUCGAUAUCUGGUCACGAUGAGUCAGUCUACUCAGUAGCCUUUUCCGAUGAUGGCCAUUAUAUCCUUUCGAGCUCGAGAGACCGAACGGUCAAGAUUUGGGAUUUAGAAUGUAGUCUCUGUUUCCAAACUCUGGCUGGCCAUUCUGGAUGGGUCUACUCGGCCACUUUUUCUCCAAACGGCCACGCUGUAGUAUCCGGGUCUAGUGACAGAACGAUUAGACUUUGGAACGCGGCUACCGGUGUAUCUGAACAAGUACUCAAAGGUCACAAAGAUUGGGUGCGUCUGGUCAUAUUCUCUGAUGAUGGCUCUAAAGUUGUGUCUGACAGCGAGGACGCAAAUAUCAAAAUUUGGGACGCGGCAACGGGGACAUGCCUACAGACGAUACCAGGACAAAAUGAUUGGGUCUUCUCCGUGUCAUUUUUGCGAGAGAGGUAUCGUUCAAUUAUCCGUAUUGAUUCCGAGGAACCUGAAUCAGAUUAUUGUGAGAUAAUUGACGGUUGGAUAACCAAGAAUGGACGCAACAUGUUGUGGCUGCCAACGGAAUAUCGAACUCAGGUAUAUGCUGCAGAAAAGGCAUGUAUUGCGUUAGUAUCCCUAUCAGGAUGGAUUAUGAUGGUAGAGAUUAUAUAG